AUGGGACCCGAUCGUUGUUUCGCGAUAUCAGCUAGUCGAGCUGUCGUCACCACCAACUCGUCCGCGACAACCAUUUCAGCCUCUCUCUCCCUUCUCUCCUCGUCCUCCUCAACCCGACAACCCUGUUCUGCUGCCGCACCCACUGCGUCGCUCUCCCAACCGACAACUGCCACGUGUUGCAGCGUGCAGCCGGCAGUGAGAGCCGGCUCCCUCUCAGUAGCAUCGGGUCUGCACCAGGACGCGCUGCUGCUGUCUCCGCACCCUUCCGCCAACGCGACUUCAUGGGGAUCCGCCGUCUUCUCCUUGCCACCGUCAAGGCUUUCCUGCAGAUACGCCAGCCGGGGCGGUGCGCACGCGGAAGGGGGAGCGCGGAAGGGUAUAGAUGACGGGGGCGCGGGCCUGGGCGGCAGGCGGGAAGAGGGCUUGAGAGGCGGGGAUGUAGACGGAGCAGGCGGGGAGGGAGGGGACGGGGGGUUCACGGGAGUGCUGCGGGAGGUGCAAGAGGGCGAUCUGGACGUCGUUCUUAGUACUCUAGAGGACCGCUUCGGGGCCGAGAUGCGCGGCCUGGGUAGCGCCAGGAGCGAUAGCGGCAGCGGCGGCAGCAGCAGUGGCAGCAGCGCGGCGGAGGCGGCGGCGGCCGCUGUGAAGGCCAACGCGCACGCGCUGCUAUCCGUUGGCGCGAAGCGCGGGCAAAUAGUCCGCCUGUUCCGCGCGCAGCCGGAGCUGAUCUACCGGGACGUAGGCGCGGCGGCGGCGGACAUGGCGGUGCUGCUGUCGUCGUUUAGAAUCACGCCCCCCGCUAUGCUCAAGGGCAUCGCGCAAUCCGUGGACUGGCUGGGCACGCCCGCGAGCCACGCGCAGUGCGUGCUGCAGUUUCUGGAUCGCGAUCUGGGAGUCAACAACCUCGCGCGAGUCAUCUCCGUGUCGCCGCACGUCCUCACGCAGUCCGUCGAAACCCUAAAGGACACCGCCGCCUUCCUCCGCACGGAGCUCCGCCUCGGUGCGGAUGUGGGCAUGGCGCUCGAGCGCAACCCCGCGCUGCUGGGGGGAGUCGGCGGAAGAGUGGUGGCGGACCGGGAAUUAAGCGGGGCGGAGGCUGUUGCUGCGGGGGCGGGUUUGGGGUUUGGGCGGUCGGACGUUUCCGCGAAGCUGGAGGCGCUGCGGCGGUUGCUGAAGCUGCGGAGAGCGAUUGAUGUGCUUCCGCUCGUCGAGCACUUCCCGCCGCUGCUCCUCGCGCCCGCGGGCACCGCGGAAUCCACCUACGCGCAGCUGGAGGCGCUCCUAGGCCCCACCAGCGCCGCGCUUGUUGCUAGCGCGCGCCCGCAGGUUCUUGCGCUGCCCGCGCAGGCGAUUCGGGAGCCAAUUGUGCAGCUGAUUAGGCGGUUCGAGGGGAAAGAGGCGGCGGCUACAGUAAUUGCGGCGGCGAACCCGUCGCUGCUGCGGCGGAAGUGGGACAAGACGGCGGGGAAGAUAGAGUAUAUCACGGGGGUGAUGGGGAGGGAUCUGGGGGAGAUCGCGGAAUGGCCCGCGGUGCUGUCGUGCAAUCUGACGGGGCGUAUCAAGAGGCGGUACGAGGCGCUGAGCGGCGUGGGCGGGGGGCGGGGGGAGACGCUGCGCGCCAUGCUGGGGUGCAGCGACCGCGUCUUCGAGCGCCGCUUCCGCGUGGCGCUGCCUGCGUCCGUCAAGGGGAAGAGGUGA